CCACAACUCAACUCCAGGUAUGAAGGUGUGGCAUGUAGAGCUCUACUAUCGCGUAUCGAUCAAGGCCUAACAACAGAGAGAGAGGGGGAUUCCUAUGAUGGCUGCCAUAUUGCAGCUCCGGAGACAGAGUCUGUCUGUGUCUCUCCCGGAUGUGAGCUGUGAGGGAGCCAGUCUAAGUGGCAGCAACCAAAACUUUAUUCCCCUACCUCCUCUGACAUCCACUCCUCCUUUGACUAACUACAAUAUUGACGAUGAUCGAUGGGCAGACAAGAUGGACGCUGACACUGGGUCAGUGUUUUUCGUGGACCCACAGAACACUGUUGACACUCCCCUCGCUCGGAGCUACUCCAGCUGCUCCAGUCUCUCCUCUAUGACCUCUGACCUCCCAUAUGCUCCCUCUCCCACUAACUCCCUUCGCAGCGAGAACUUCUCAGAAAAGUUCUCGAGGUCUCUUCACAUGCGGCCCAAGUCCUCUUCACUGGAUCGUUAUCCGAGCACCCCCGAGCCGACCAGAGCUGAGGAGGCUAUCCAUGUACCAGAGACAGCUGUUUUCUCCCGCAAGAAAACAAGCUCUCUCAAGAAAAUUAAGAGAGCCUUCAAGAAAAAGAAGUCUUUGAGAGGGAGCGGCAGCCUGUCAGAUUUGAACGAGGUUAUCGGGACGACCCACAUCCAAUCUCUGCCCAGUUUCUCUGAAAGUGAAUCGACUCCCCCCUCCACACCCAACACUGUGCUACCAGAGACCACCCUCUACGGCUCAGGAGGAAUACCCCUCACUCCCACCCACUCAAUCUCUGGCAGAGGCCGCAGAGGUUCCGCUAUGACUCGAGUCACCCUUGACCUCUCUCAGUUUGGGCUGGGGGCUGGUCUAACUCGAUGUUCGCUGGAAAGACUUGGUAUUGUACCAUCGCGAUCACUCUCAAAGGGCAAGUUUGGGUCAACCUUCUCUCUCAAGUAUCCAAAGUAUCCGUCAACUUCGGAUUUAUCGCAGCCUGUCCUAAUUAGAGGGGUUGUCCCUGGGUCCCCUGCAGCAGUCACUCAGCAGUUCUUCUCAGGAGACACUAUUCAUUUUGUGGAGAGCCAUCGCAUCAACGUUGACAACAUUGACACUGUAUUGGGAGGUCUCUCUGGCAAGAUUCUGUUCUUACUUGAGAAGGGAUACCAGCGUCCUCGCUCCUCCCUCCCUCCGUCAGCUAGUCCCUCGGCUGGUGGUCUUGUGAGGCUAGUGAGUGGCGUGAAGGACGUGGUCCGUUUACACUCACACCCCUCACACCCUCACACCUCCCUCCUCCUCUACCUCACACUCGACACACAAGAAGAUGACCCUCCAGGAAGUGACAUACUGUACCAGUGGCCUAGGGGUGGUGAGCGGGACAGUCUGGUGCAAGUCAGGGGACUUUUUCUCACUCUUGCCGACCUCCUCGGGGAGAUUACUGCCUCCAAGAGCUUCUGCUCGACCGUGACUGUUGAGGGUAAGCUGUUCCAUCUCGGCUACAUCAAGUACAGUCAGGAGCUGCUGCUACUGGCACUACCUGCCAAAAUAGUCACCCCGUAUCAAGUGCAGCUGCUGGCAGAGAAGGUCUCCUCGAUAGUGGAGCUACUGUAUGGAUCUGUGCCCAAUGGCUUCACAAUAUCCUCUGCACAUUGGUCACUGGACCACCUCCUGGCAUUGAUAUUUGACUCUGUGACCACACCCACCAUAUCUGACUUUGCCCACCCCCUCCUAAUGGUAGUGCCUCAAUUGAAACUACCAGCAGACGUCAAGGUUCGUCUGAGUACUGCCUUGAGUGGUCUAGACUCUGCUAACCAUAGCAACAGGCCCGAGGUAUUCCACCAGAGGAGACCAUUCUUUGUACUCGGCUCUUGUCUAUUUUACAAGGGUGCCCUGGCAUGCAGUCACCUUGGCUACCUGGACCAAAAGGAUAUUGUGGAAGUGGCCAACGCCUACCGACUGCUAGAGCUGACAGCCUCAGAUAGUAUCAGUCAACUUGUCAUCUGGAAGCAAGUAUUUCUGUCUCGAUUGAAAAGUUGUGUGGACCCAGCCUCCAAACAGAAUCACUUUGCUUUGCUAGUCGGUCUGGAGAAUAUGUUUGUGUGUGUACUGAUGGAGGCCACCACCCCCUUCCCCUCUCAUACCCCUCCCCCUGUGGACGCUGUCUACGUUGACCAAGCACGCUCACUCAUUAUGGAACUACGCACAGAGCACCUCCUCUCAGAGUGCGAGGAAAAGGGUCUGCCGUCCACUCCCCUGCCCAGUCUCACCACUGCUGAUAUUGCCCUGGCCUCGAAGUUCACCCGUCGAUCCUCUCUUUCGCUCGCCCCCCUACCACCGACCGUCCCCUCUCGACAAAGAAAGACCUCUGAACCAUCGAACCUGUCCAGUCCACUCUUACCCCAUAUUCGACUGAUUGCUGCUGACAGCUCAGACUCUGACGACCCCACCACCAAGUCCUCCCCUAUUAUUCAUCGUAGGACGCAGAGCCUAAUAUCUGGGAAGAGGAAGAAGAGUCAACCGGUGGAGAUCCUUGUGACAAAGGGAGUGGUGCCUAGACCGCCAUACAUGCUAACAUCCGGGGCUGACAACAUUCUACUCCAUUAUGUGCACCUGACCCCUGGCCGAGGGGUCAUGUUAUGCCCCACCCACUCUCAACCCGGUCCAGUACACUCUGAACUUUUACACACUUUCCGAGAGACAAGCCUCACCCUCCGACAGGCACUGUGGGGGCGUGUGGAGGCAGGUGUGACAUGUGUGGAAAGUGACUCCGAAUCUGAUGAUGAAUGGGAGGAAGAGGACACAAAUAACGAGAAAAAGCCAGCGAUAUCCCCGUUUUCUCCUCGAGCUAGCUCAGUGGUGGAGCACGGUAUCCUGGUGCAGUGUGGCAUACACAGUGUGGAGAAACACAAGAGCUCUCCCCUGCUCAACUACUGGGUGGUCGGCCGAUUGUUUGGUGAAGGAGAGAACAGGACAGAGCUGUACGUGUGCUAUCAAGAGAAUGUGGCACAAGACACUGUGGAAAUGGCCUAUAGACUAUUAUUUGGGUGGACUGGCUAGUACUCUGUCAUAUCAUUAUCAUAAUUAUAUUCCUCUUUUCUAUCCAUGCUGUUUUCUAUUCAUA